AUGCGGGUCAAGAUCCGAAAGCUUAGUCAGAGCCCCUUUAAGACAAGUAAUAUGGUUACCUUUGGGAAGAGGCUGAAAGAAAGCCAGAUUCAAGAAUGGAAAGGAUAUUAUAUGGACUAUAAGUUUAUGAAAAAGAAGGUCAACCAGUUUAAGCAACAAAUUGAUACUGGCACACAAGAUCAUACUUAUGUGCUCAAGGGUUUCUCUAGAAUACUUGAUGAUCAGAUUGAAAAGGUUGUCUUGUUUCUUCUGCAACAACAAGGGCUGCUCGGACAGAGAUUAUCAUCUCUUGGAGAACAGCGCAAUGCAGUUUCUCAAGAGGAAGAAAGUUUUAAGAUAUGUGACCUUGAACAAGGAUAUAGACAAGUUGGACAAGAUCUUUUGAGGCUCUUGUGUUUCCUUGAGAUGAACGCCAUUGGUAUUCGUAAGAUCCUGAAAAAAAUCGAUAAGCAUUUUGGCUACAAAUUCACAGACUACUAUGUUAAAACUCGUUCAAAUCACCCUUAUUCUCAGCUGCAACAAGUCUUGAAGCAAGUGGGUAUUGGAGCUGUUGCUGGGUCUGUUUCUUACAAUCUUGCGGAACUUCAAGACCACCAAGGGGAUUCUAUGGUUGACUCUAUUAAUGCAGCUGUUAAAAGGCUAUCAAACUCUACAAGCUUUUUGGAUUUUUUAGGGAAACAUGCGUUUAUCAUAUUAGAAGACUCACCUUCCCUCGAGGAUCCGGUUUCUGAGGAGAAGUUUCAUUUUGUGUCCCUUCUCCUGAACUUGGUGAACGCAUUCCUGUAUAUGGUCAACACCUACAUAGUCGUCCCUACGGCAGAUAGUUACUCCAUCAGCCUUGGAGCUGCUGCCACUGUUUGCGGUGUAGUGAUUGGUUCCAUGGCGGUUGCUCAAUUGUUUUCAUCAGUUUAUUUCAGUGCAUGGUCAAACAGAUCUUAUCUUAAGCCGCUAUUGUUUAGCAGCAUCGUUCUUCUCGCUGGGAACAUACUUUACGCCUUAGCCUAUGAUAUGAAAUCUAUUGUGGUUCUUCUGCUCGGCCGCCUAUUAUGUGGGUAA